AUGAUCAUGUUGGUUUCAAUAUCUGCUGGCCUUCUUGUGGCUACACUAUCACCCGUCAAAGCAUGGCCGGCCGCUAAGAGAUACACAAACAGCUCGACCGCGGCUGCUCCACUUCACUUCAGCGCCGACGGUACGUUCCAGCUCAGUAUCUUCGAGGACUUGCAUACGGGGGAGAAUGCCUGGGACUCGUGGGGACCACAACAAGAUAUCAAUACCAUUAAGGUCAUCAAUAAGAUUCUCGACAAGGAAAGUCCGGAAUUGGUGGUCCUCAAUGGUGACCUUAUUACCGGCGAUAACGCGUUCCUUGAAAAUGCUACCGUCUAUAUUGAGCAGAUUGUCGGCCCAUUGUUAGAGAGAAACCUGACUUGGGCUUCCGCCUAUGGCAAUCAUGACCACCAAUACAACCUCUCCUCAGAUGCGCUCUUGGCUCAUGAACAGCGUUGGCCAAACUCGCGUACACAGAAGAUGGUGGCUGGUUCGGAACUCGAUGUCGGAACUUCGAACUACUAUCUUCCCGUUUACAGCAACAACUGCACCGUAGCAGAUGACUGCGCGCCCGAUCUAAUACUAUGGUUUUUCGACAGCCGAGGCGGUGCCCGCUAUCAGGAGCGAAACGCUGCCGGUGGCCAAAUCGGCCUCAAGAACUGGGUCGACACUAAAGUUGUGGAAUGGUUCCAACAGACAAACGCCGAACUAGUGAACAAGUAUCAGAAAACUCUCCCUUCUUUCGUCUUUGUUCACAUUCCCACCUACGCUUCUUUCGCCUUCCAACAAACCGGUGUGCACCCACACAACGAACCAGGCAUCAAUGAUGAUGUGCCUUUAGCACCACAGGCACAGGGAUGGUGCCCGGACAGCGAGACGAAUGAUGGAUCGUGCGAUUACGGCGGUCAGGAUGUACCUUUCAUGCAAGCUCUUUCAACUAUAUCUGGUAUCAUCGGUGUCUUCUCCGGACAUGACCAUGGCGACACCUGGUGUUACAAAUGGGAUACACAACUGCCUAACAUGACCGUCGCUGGCAACGGUGUCAAUCUUUGCUUCGGACAGCAUUCGGGAUAUGGCGGAUACGGGAAUUGGGAGCGCGGUGCACGACAGGUCCUUAUUUCGAAAUCUCAGCUCGGCGGUCUUGAAGCCGACACGUGGAUCCGGUUAGAAAGCGGUAACGUGGUCGGCGCCGUGACGUUGAAUGCAACCUAUGGCACAGAUUGGUAUCCGGAGACCAAUAACACAAAGACGAGCUGUCCUACUUGUAACUAUACCAUUAUCACUCCGCGCCCCGAUAACUAA